CGUCGGUCCGCGAUUGCGCGUAUAUUUAAAUGAUAAAAGUGUUUGUACAUCUAUAAACAAAUUAACUUAAAUAACAAAUAUAAGUAAUUCGACGGCUGCAGUUGGCAACCACUGCAACGAAAAUAUAAAGUCCAUAACUGUACACAAAAAACGUCGCCCGCCGUACUGUGAAUUUUCUUAUAAGAAGCAGCAGCAGUGCAAAAAAUUUGCAUUUUCAUCUUCAACAAACAGUGCGCAACAAACAGAGGAACAAAAUGCUGACGACGACAAUGUGUAAACUGCAUAUAGUUGGCCGCUCCUGCUGAUUAGGCUGACGACGACAAGCGACGCUUGCUGCACGCUUGGAUGCCAACAACAACAACAACAACAACAGAAACGCAACAAAUACAAUAAAAACAUAGAGCAGGACGAGGGCAUUGCAGGAAAUAAACAAUGACCAGAUUGGGCAGAGAAUAGUCUGCUCCUAGGCGCCUGCCAUUGAAAAGCGAAGCUGCAUUUGAGAGCAAACAAAAGGAUUGCGAACAAUUAAAAGCAUCACACAGUGAACACAUAUAUAGAAGUCAAAUUAUGGAGAAGCCCAUGCAACAUGCGCCCGCUCCCGUGGGUAAGGUCACACAGAUUGCGAACAUCUUUCAGCGGAAACCCAUUGAGAUUCAGCCAGUGGAGCAACUGAGUGCUGUGGCUGCCGCUCACGCAGCGGCCCAUGCAGCUGCCACCGCUGCCGCCGGUGGGGUCCAGCCGGGGAACGUGGUACGCACCGAAUCCCAUUCGGCACGCUUCAAUAACGCACGCGCUCUCUUCGAGAAACUGGGCGUCGAAUCCAACUCUAAUGUAAGUGGACGGCUGCUGCGCUCCGGCUCCCGAGAGGAUAACCUGUGCGAUAGUUCAGAUCGUUCAUCGUCGCGCUCUUCGGAUCGCUCGCAGUCGCCGCCAAAGCGUCGCACACCCUUUCCAUCGGGUGCCUCGCUGGUGAAUAACAAUUGUGCCCAGAACGGUGGCGAACGCGUGCCCAACAACAAAUUCAUUGUCGAGCCCACGCCUCCGCCAACAAGCAAGUUUCCGCAGCAUAAUCUGUCACGUCUGAAGUCGGAGGAUUCGGCCCCGGUGGGCGUUGCGGGCUCGGUAAGCGCUCUGUUCGCGUCCAAUGCCGAGAAGCCAGAGAAGCCCGAGCGCAAAUUUAACUCACGUGAAUUGAUUGAGAAACAGAAGAAGUGGACUUCACAUUUCACCAAAACCAAAUCGCCACGAACGCAUAGCGAUUUAAAUCGCUGCGACAUUAUACGUACGGUUCCGGGCACGGGUCUCAUUACCGGAGCUGCUGUCAAUCAACGCCAAGAGGAGAAGGCACAGACGCCGCCAGCGCAUCACAAACUGCCCAUGGAGUUGCGAUCGCCAGUGCCGCGACAAACUGACCAGUCAAUACCCCCCAGUCCGCCGGUGCGUCACGCCCCCGUUGCGGCGGCUCCAGUGGCUAAUGCCCCGCCCGAAAUAAAGCCGCGCAGUGGCAAAAUCGGCAGCCCCGUGAAGUCGCCCCCAUUGCCGCCCAUACCGGCGGCCAAGCCAAAGAACGUUAGUCCCGUCAAGUUCAAUGCGGAUCGCGUGCGCUCGCCCACAAAAUGUUCGGAGCCGCCGCCACCGCCGCCCGCGAAAUCGGCGGCCGUGACAGCGGCCAUGCAGCGGUCGCUGCUGCAGGAGCAGGAGCGCGAGCGUGAAGCACCUGUGCCGCCGGAGAAGCCGCGCAAGAAAUCCAUCGAUCUCAUUGAGGAUGCCGCGCCCACCACCUGCUCAACGCCCUCCUCCUGCGCCUCGCCCACUUCCUCACUGAGCACGCACAGCGCCUACUUGCAGGCGGCGAAGCGGGGAUCAAUUGACAGCCUGGGCGGCGGAAGCUCGGGUCCUGGGACCACCCACAUCACUGGGAACGGACUGAGCGGCAGCACCAAUUCGGCCGCCUCACCUUCGCCAGUGGCCAGCGCCUCGUCCGUCGACUGA